UUAGAUGGCGCUGAGUGUACGAUUAACGACAAUCAAUUGAUAUUCUGAGGUUAGGAAACUGAUGGUCCGUAUGAAAAGGGAGAUCUUUAAAAUACGUCAAGUGUUAGGUAAUAUCUCUGAUAAUGGCAGGUGUGAUCAAAAAGUCUACAUAUCUAAAGGGAUUGGCUGUGUGUGCAAAGCCUCAUUUAGAAUUAACUCCAUUGUACAAUAGAAUUUUGCGAGUGUUAGAGAAAUUUCCCAAGGAUUAUGCCUAUCGAAAAGAAACAGAGAAGCUUGUCAAAAAUAGAUUGAAGAUCGUGAAAGAGACUGCGGAUAUACAAGCUAUAGAAGACAAGAUAGGCUGUGGACAAGUAGAGGAACUUAUAAUACAAGCAAAGAAUGAGAUUUCAUUGGCAGAAAAGAUGUUAGUGUGGAAACCGUGGGAAAAAUUAACGCAGGAAGCACCACCAAAUCAGUGGACAUGGCCACCGCAUAAGUAAUUUAACAGUUUUUGUUAUAGAUGUUUGUAUAUAGUAUGUGAAAUUGCAAAUGAAAUAUAGAUUGUCCAUUAUUCAGUGUAA